AAAUACGGGUCGCGCUAUCCACUACGCCACCACGGCACGCCCAGGUAUUUUUAUAUUGAAAGAAAUCCUACUAGUUUUCGAGCAGCACCACCCCGCAAAGUCGGCUUUAUUCAGUAGUCGACUCAAAGUUCCCUUAUCUGAGGAAACAGGAGAUGAGGGUUUCCUGUACGCUGAACAUCUGCUCUUCAGCUACAGCGCUGUUUCUCGAAUGGUUUCCACUUCAUUUUCUUCAUCUCCGUACUGAAUCUGAAAAACAAAUAUGGUUGUCUUAAAACUAAUAUUUCUGCUGAGUACGUGGAGCUUUACUGUGACAGCAACAGAGCUAUGGAUGAAGCAUUAUCAACCGAAGAACAGCUCUGUGUGUUUCCGUGUCCAAAAACCUCCUCCAUACAGAAGCGGUAUUUGGACAUUUAAUGGAAAAUUUGUCGCUGAGAGGGAUUCUACCCAUGAAGACUAUGCGGAGAGAAUGGUUUUCACCUCUGAAAACUUAUCUUUGUGUAUAAAUAGACUGACUGAAAACGACGCAGGCAUCUUUAAGGUCACUUACUUCUCCAACUUUAUUCAACAAUCAGAAAAUCACCAAGUUAUUUUACAAGGAAUGAUUCCCAGACCAGUGAUGGCUGUGACACCAGAACGUCGUUCCAAUCUUUCAGCAGAAUCAUGUGAUUUCACAGUGAACUGCUCCAUCCAGGAUGAUUGGCUGGGGUCCGUCUGUCAUAAAAAUGGUUGCAGGACGUCUCAGAGGUCCUUUAGCAACGUCAACAUCAGCAUCUUUAUUGAAAACACAGUUGUUGUCUGCAGUGGAAACAACCACGUCAGCACAAAUAACAUCUCUCAAAACAUUCCAACUACGUGUUUCGUAAAGACGAAUCUUGAACUUAAAGAGGAAUUACACAAUCGUCCUAAUACAUUUUAUAUUACCGUCAUUGUCGUUGUUGUUGUUUUUGUUGUUGUAAUAUUCCUCAGUUUUGUUAUUGCCAGAAAAUAUUGGAAAUCCAAACAUAAUCAGGAGACAGCGUCUGUUGCCCAGUUAAUACAAAGCGGACCACUAGAGACCCAGCAGCCUUCUGAGCCCAGAGCCUCAACGUCUUCCAGUGAAGCGGACCCUUCAUAUGAGAACGUGGAAGCCAAUCAGCCCAGAGAGACCAGCGACCCGAGACAUGAGGUCAUCAGUGAGAGUCAGGGGGUAGACACCGUCUACAGCGUCCCCAGAAAGGCUGCGUCUUGUGUCAAAAGGGACAAGAAACAAGAUGCGUUACAAGAUGAGAACACGCAAAAGACUUCGACUUCAGGGUGCGUCAAUGUAAAUAUGGACCUGAGCUCCACACAAACAGAGACCGUGUACAGUGUGCUGGAGAUGCCCAAAAAAUCUGAACACAUAGCACCACCAAGAGGACAAGUGUGAGUCUAAGAAGCCGAGAGCAACUCAAAGAAAGAUCAGCCAGGAAGUGAACUCCAGAUGAAUUACAAUAUUCUUUUGCUUAUCUAAGAUCAAUGGCAUUGGUAAAAGAUUCAAAAGGAAAACAGGUUGAACAAUGCAACAGACUUAAUUUGUAAUUUUUAUUUUUUUUUUUACAAAUUAAACGUCAGCAUUGAGAGAGACUGAACAUCUUUUCAGGCAGAUCUUUAACAGCAGGUUUUUAUUUUAGCAUCAGUGGUUAACUACAGUGGUGAGAAAAUAAAGUUCUGACAGUCAGGACAAAAUCAA